AUGGGGAUAUUUCUAAGGUCGAAGUCUCGUGGUGAGCUGAUGCUAUUUCUGAUUGAUUUGUCAAUGGUUUGUGUGAGAGGAGAGGUGGGUGAUGUCCUUGGUGGUAUCGUCUCCCAUUCUUUCUCGUCCACACAUGAUAGAUCAUGGCUUAGAACAAUAGCCGGAUUGGAGUUUGUCUACAUCAUUUCCUUAAUUUCCCUAGAAUUCUUUUGUAUUUAUGCAUAAAAUUUUGGUAUAUAUAUUAUCUUUCAGAAUUAAAAACAAAGCCAUUUUAUAAGACUUGUUCGACAUCUUGUAAAGUGGAAUUUAGUAAAGGUUUCUUUUGGUUGAAGGAGCCAAAAUGUGACACAUGAACCAUAAAUCAUUAAUGUUUGAAAUUUUGGCUUUCAAUUUGAAUUAUUGACCGCGACGAGUAUGUAUACAAUCUUAGAUUUAGACAUUGUUAUUAUCAACGCUUAAUCUCGUGUUUAAGAGACUGUAGAUGUUUGAAUAAGACUAUAGGAUACAUUAAGUCUAUCUGUAUUUUGUGUCAAAAUGUUAUUAUAAGCACUCUUGAAAAUGUGUACAUAACUAUAUAUAUACGGAGUGUACACGUGAAUAUUAUCGACCGAGAUGGUCCAAUAGUCAGUUUGUUCUUUCUUUAUUAUGUUUGUCGUCAACUUUAUCUUAUUAGGUUUUUUCAU